AUGAGGAGAACAAGUCUUUCUCUCGCUUUGAACUCUGACAUUAGUUGUGUGAGUGAUAAGAAGAUGAAAAAAUAUCAGCCAAGGAAGAAAACACGCAAGCACAGUAAGGCUCUCAGAUGGGGUGGCAAUUACCAAAAUAUUUAAGAAUAAGAAGUACACUGAGAUUCAUGAGGAAGCCAACCAACUGACCCUCGAAGCACAUAGUAUGAUAAGAGAUCUGAAGAACGCUGGCAAGUACUCCAAGAUAUGGGUCAUGAAACACCAAAUGGAGAAAUAUAAGAAGAUGAAACAGCUGAAAUAUUCAUCGAUCGAGCUUGAUAGCUCCGGACUUGAUAUCCCCCAGAUGAAGAGUAUUUAUUAUAAGGAUAACCCUGAUGACAGCCCUAUUAACUUUGUGAUGAAUAGAAAUAGCUUCCGCAAUUCAAAAAACACCACCUUUGAUGAACGUAAGCUCAGUCUUCCCAACCCAAAGAAGGAAGGACAGAGGGGAGGUAGUAUCGGAGCUAAUAGCCUCGAUAUUGGAGAUAGUAAAAGAAGGAGCAUAGUACUUACUCAAGAUGAUGGCCUCAAAACUUCAUCCAGAUAUGAUAAGUUUUUGAAGAACUGAUUGAAUGAGAAAGAAGUAAAGAAGACUCCUAAAGGUCCAAAAUUGUUCACUCCUGGAACAAUGAGGAAGACCAUUAUCGACAACAAGAUCAAGAGCAUAUUGAGAACUAACUCUAAUUUCCGUAAAUCUUCCAUAAUAUCAAAUAAAAACCAUGUCCAGACAAAUUUGAACGCAGAUUCCUUAAAAUAAAUCGUUUGAGCUAAUUGACAAGAACUUCUCUGCAUGGAAGAGUUCUAGGAACAAGAAUAGGAGUACACUUUACAGCAGCCACAACAGACACCCCCUGCUAUCAGAUAUCUCGUUUCAGGAAGGCAGCGUAUCGGCUGAGAGAUCAACUUACUCACCUACUCAUAAAGUCCUGACCAAAACAGAUCUCCUGACUAGAUACAACCUGAACUGAACUGCUAAGGAAAGUAACCGGUUUCAGAACGUAGCCAUAGUGACUUCAAAGAAGCUGGAACAUUUCAAAUAAGUUUGCGGAGUUUCAGAGGCAGUGAAGGCAACUGAGAGAUGAGGCGGAAAAAGAUGAUAAACAGAGAGGAGCGGAAGUAGGGAGGAAGAAAGGGAAGUUUAAAUCUGUGUGUAAGAGGAGAAGAGUGCCAAGGAAGGAUAAGAAUGCUCCAAUGGCAUGAGACCAGAAGGAAUUGGUCAUGAAGUUGAUGAAGAAAGAGAUUUCAAAGGAGGAAUAUGAUGAAAUGAUGAAGGAAAGAGAACUAUAUGACCAGUUUGACACGAUGAAUAAGAUAUUUAAAGACUCCUUAGAUCCUUAUAUCGGUCUAGAAAUAAUGGAAUAAAAGCGGCAAAAGCUGCACAGAAAGAGGCUGUUAAGCCAAAAGCUAAGUUUGGAAAGCAUAGAUACAAUAUACCUUCACGGACAUUAGUAUCUCCUGAUCCUUCAGAAGAUAAUUCUAUCAUAGUUCCAGAUUCUCAGAAUAAGAUGAUUAACAAUUAUUUCUUCCGAAAUUUCCUAAACCGGCGAAUUAAAAUGCUAAACCAGGUAAAAUGACACCCCAGCUUAAAGAAGGCAAUG